AUCCUAUGCCCUCAAAAUUAUCACCAGAUCGACUAAGCACGUACGCUCGAAUCUUCCCUCUGCAGCAGCCAGCCUUCUGUGCCGACGAAACAGCUCCCAAUGACAGCGUAAAUUGGAGGAAAGAGAGCGACAGAGAGAUGCGCGCUCAACGCAGAAACCGAUGAGCUCCGUGACUGGAGACGCCCACGAAGGCGGCACUAAUGAGGAUGUGGAGGCGGACGAAUCUGUCAGAGAUGCUGAAGGGCGGAUAGAGGAGGAUAAGGAGGUGGAGGAGGUGGAGGAGGUGGAGGAGGAGGAUGAAGAGGAGGAAGCGGGGGAAAAUGAGCAGAACGGAGAAGACGGAAUGGCCGGCGAGGACUCAGAUACACAGACGGUGGAAUAUGGAGACUUCGAGGAGCCUGCGCCUCAUGAGGAUGUGCUCGGUGCAGAGGACGGCGUGCUGCCCGAGGCAGAUGCAGCGGGCCAGGAGAGUGGUGAUGUCGGAGAGUCUACAGAAGAGGGAGCAGAUCAAGAUUUUGCACAAUUAGAUCGUGGCCAGAACGACAGUGUUGAUGAGGGGAGCGCAGAUGUAGGGCCCAACACGCCCAUAGCACAAAGAAGUCCUGUGGGGAGUGCUUUGGACUCUGGAUCGAUACCGGACGAUACGCCUUCACGAGCUGGCUCCCUCCUCUCGUCACCCGGCAGAGAUGCCUCUCCGCUACCUCGACGAGUGUCCGAACGUAAGAAUAUCAUGCGUACGCCUUCAGGGGCACUGCAACCGUUCGAACGGCGAUUCGAGAGCCGUCUAUCAGCGUCGCCUGGGUCGUCUCGAGCUCAAUCACCAGCAUUCCUAAGUCCCCACUCUCGCCAAAUAUCUAUCUCUUCGCAACUGUCGGGAAUGUCAUCUGAAGCAGGUGGAUCUGCUACUGACUCGCCUCAAGUACCCUGGGACGUGGUACGAUGGACGAAGCUACGAAAGCUCACUGGACAGGCAUUCUCAGAAAGUGGCAAACGCAGCUUUGGACGGCCCACAUGCAUGGCAGUUUCCGCUCUCAUAGCCAUUGGUACCUCCAAGGGUUUGGUGCUAGGCUUCGACUAUCACCAGACUUUGAAGAUCAUCAUUGGACCUGGAACAAAGGCGACAGAGUGUGGUUCGGUCACCUCGAUUGCGAUAGCUGCAGAUUAUUCGACAAUAGCCAGUGGUCACGCAAAUGGCUACAUUUUCACAUGGGAAGUGAGCAGGCCCUCUCGCCCAUUCUUGCACAUACCGCCCUUGGACAGGAGCGUACUAGAAAAACGUACCCACCCCGAUGGCCAUCUAGAGAACUGCGCUAUUCUCCAUGUCGGCUUCCUGGGCACUCGACAUACUGCACUCGUCUCGGCAGACGCAGGCGGCAUGGCAUUCUCACACCUUGCCACGCGAGGACUUGGCCCUGUUGCCAGAUCAAUCAACACAACCCGACUACUUGGUCGCUAUCCUUCGGCCAACCCUCAAACUGAAAGAGCACGAAAGCCAAGCUCCGUGCUUGCCUUCUCACCUCUCCCCCUGGGCAACGUCGAGAAGGCCACAGAUGCCAUGGGUCUUACUGCGCUCCUCACCCCUUACCUACUAGUCAUCGUGUCCACCACUCCCAUUGCUCAGACCCAGCACAAAUCUCCGCGACCCAAAGACGUGACGCCCCACAGCACGCUCAGUGGCUGUCUAGCGUGGUUCCCUGCCGUCAAACUCAAAAGCACCCAUGCAGAUGUGGAAAAAGGCAGCUCGGAGACCAAGUUAGUAUAUUGUUGGUCUAAUGUGCUGACAGUUCUGGACGUCAAAGUGAUGGAAGCUCAAGCCGGUGACGUGCAGAAAGUACCAACGCUCGAGUUUAAUGCACGAAGCAGAUGGCGUGCCGACGAGGCCAUUGUCGCCGUACAAUGGCUGAGCCGUUCUGUUCUAGGCGUUUUGACCAUCAGUCAACGACUCUUGAUCAUAAAAGAUGGCACUUUGCAGGUCACCGAUUCUAUCGAUCUCCUGCAUAGGCACAUCUAUCACCAAGAUCUCUUUUCACAUCAGCUUCAAAGUGUUGUUGAGAGACUGGACUCGGACGACCCGUCACUACACGGCGUGAUCGCGGACGCUUUCUACAUGAGCUACAAAGCUUACAAGGGCAGGACCUUUCUACUUGGGUUUAAUGACCUUACUGUCGGAACGCUGUCGAACUGGGCUGACCGCUUGAUGGCUUUGAUGGAGAAUGGCGAUCAUAUCAGCGCAAUCCGACUUGCAACAGAGUACUAUUCCGGAAGUGCAAACAACGUUGUUAUCGGUCUCCCCGACGCAGACGCCGCACGACACGAAGUCGUCCGAGAGCGCAAUCUAGCAAUGAUAUCUGCGUCACUGAGCUAUACGUUUGCGCAGCAGGACGAGGAAAGGGAUAUAAGGUUGAAAGAGCUCGCAGAAGUAUGCUUCGAGGCAUGCAUAACCAUGAAGGAGCUAAACUAUCUGUGCUCUACUGUGUUUGACACAUUCGAGGAUGCUGACGAAGAGGGUGUUUUCAUAUCCACCCUCGAGCCAUAUGUACUCGAAGGUGAGCUCACAACACUUCCUCCUGCAGUCGUCACUGCUGCUGUUGCACAUUUCAUCGGCGAGAAUGAAGCCGCAAGACUGGAAGAGCUACUUAUCAGGCUUGAUCCCCACUCCUUCGACCUCGAUCAAGUCACUGUACUUUGUCGACAGCAUAGCUUAUACGAUGCCCUAAUCCAUAUAUGGACGCGCGCUCUACGGGAUUUUGUGACUCCACUGGUAGAUCUGCUAACGCUAGUCCGAAUGAUACAAGAGGGUGACGAAGAUGAGAUUGUCGCUGAGAACCCAUUCUUCGAAUCAGCGAUGAAGAUCUUCCCAUACCUGGCGUACUCUCUGACUGGAAGGUGGUACCCAGGUGGCGAGUUCAUGGAUGACGAUGAAUCGUAUCGAGCCAGGACGGACCUUUAUGACUACCUGUUCUCUGGUACGGCUCUUGCGUGGCCUCCGGGAGGGAAAAUGGUCUUCCAUACCACCCAGGACAUAUCCGAGGAGCCCGCAUUUCCCUAUCUUGACCUUUUGCUUCAGUUCGAUGCAGCGAGCUUCAUGAGCAUGCUGAAUGAAGCAUUUGAAGACCCCUUCGUCAAUGAACCAGAAGAGGAAAAUGGCGUGAACGGCGGUAAUUCAUACAAUGGCGUUAUAUCUGGCAAGAAAAAGGGCAGACAGCAGAUCAUUGAGAUUAUGCUGGAUGUGAUGCGACAGGGUGACUUUGCACCACCGCAGGUCAUCUAUCUCGACAUGUUUGUUGCACGUAGCAUGUCGAAGUAUCCUGGUCAGCUUAUCUUGACAGGAACUCUGCUCAGUGGCAUUCUGCAAAGACUUUGUCAUCCUCCUCUUGAGAAUCUCCGAGAAGACUGUCAGCUCAGCGUGGAAUACCUGCUAUCUGUCUAUCAUCCUUCGGACAUUGCAGCGCUCAUUCGGGCACUACAGCAGGCCGGAUUCUACCGAGUGCUCAAGACAGUAUAUCGUGGAGAGCGGAUGCUUACGGACCUAUUGUUGACAUUUUUCGAGGAUCCUGAAGACAAAGACAAGGUGUUUGAUUGUAUCACAUUUUGUCUACUUGAGGCCCCAGGCCUGACAUCGAAGCAGAGCGAAGCUAUCAAGGAAGUCAUGAUCAAGCACAUUCAAGAUCUCGCAAACAUUGAUGUCGUGGCAACAGCUCGCACAUUGGCAUUAUGUGCAUCAGACUUGUUACAGUCGAGUGUAGAUGCGUUGUCUGAUUCACACCAGCAAUUCAUGUUCUUGCGAGCGUUGUUAGAGCCAGCACUGCUGCGAGACCAACAGGCAUCAAUAUCGCCGUUGCCGCAGACCAAACAUACAGCCUUCGUGGAGCAAUAUGUUCGGCUGAUGUGCAGACACGAGCCUCUUCAUGUUGCGGACUACAUCAAAACUUUGCCCACGAGCGAUCUACGUCUGGAGCAGGUCCUACCGGCGAUGGAGAAUGGCGGCGUCAUUGAUGCAGCAGUAGCCAUACUAGCACGAGAUGGCCUUGCCAGAGAUGCCAUGGAUCGUCUCGUAUCACACAUGCAGAGCUUGCAGCAUGCUUUGGCGAGCCUGCUGCACGCCGCGACCACGAAUCCAGAUAUCACUGCUUCGCCAGGUACAUCCGACGAACUGGUGGAGGAUCUUGAGAAGUACACCAAGGUUGGUAUUUGGCUAUGUCAAGGACAGAGCGCAAUAACAGAACGGAUACCACGUGCGCCAACGAGCCUUGCCUCAGACAUAAGUGAGAACGACUUGGACAUGGACGAGUACCUCUGGCUCAAUCUGAUUGAUGUCAUUGUGCAAGUCAGCCAGAAUGUCGGCGCAUCUGCCACACACUACGAAGCACAUCCUCUCGGGAACGAUCAAGACUCCUUCGACACGAAUAAGCUUGCAUCAUCCUUACGCUCCAAUGUCCAGCAAGUGUUCACUGCUCUGCUAGCAGCCACUGCAGCACCCAACACAAAGUCCACACCAUCAUCAUCACCAACAUUAGCAUUGUCCAGUGGCUCACCGAACAAGCAACCACCUAACCGCCUCAGCUUUCUCCGUAUCCUCCGCGCCUUCCUCACGCGCGCCUCCAAAUCAGCCCCUUCACUCUCCGAGCUCCGCGCCGUGCUCGCCGACAUCUUCUCCGCCUAUACCUUUGAGCAAUCCGUUCUCGAGCUCGCGCACGGUCUACUCAAUUCAGAUGUCUUCACAGACAUCCAAGAAGUUCACCAACUUCGCCAACGCGGCUGGCGUCCACGAUCUCAAGUCUGCGAACAUUGCAAAAGACGCGCCUGGGGACCGGGGAUCGGUGAGAAGGUAGUUUGGGAGGAGUGGAUACUCAAGGAACAAGAACGGGAAUUAGGGAAAGUGAGAAGGAUGAUGGAGAGGGGUGGAGGGGAACAGGCGAGACGACUUUCUCGAGGAAAGGGGAAAAUGUCUGUUCCGAGCACGCCUGGAAUUGCGCCCAGUGGUGGGGAUGAAGAGGAAGGAAGGAAGUUGAGUUUGGUGGUAUUUGCUUGUCGCCAUGUGUUCCAUCGGGUCUGUCUAGAUGGGGAAUUUCGCGAGGGGAGGCUGGGGCAUAGGGAGAUGUACAAAUGUCCUAUCUGUGUAGACGACCGGCAAUGAGAAAGAAGGAAAGGGGGAGAGAGGAGAGAAGAGAGAGGAGAAGUGUACAACAAGACAGAGUACUACUUGGUUGUGUCGAUGCAAUACCAUUUCCAG